AUGGGUAGCUACACCUGCACGUGUAAGGCGGGAUUCUCGGGCACACAUUGUGAGAUCGAUGUCAACGAGUGUCAUUCCAUUCCUUGCCAAAACGGUGGCACGUGUGUCAAUGCCAUUGGCAGCUACACGUGCAUUUGUAAGGCGGGAUUCACGGGCGAACACUGCGAGAACGCAAAAGCUCCACUGAUGUGCUACGCCUGUGAAGAUAUGACUCAUCUGGAACUCUGCGAUACAGUCAAAACAUGCGAACGUGGCGAGACGUGUUCAGUGGCUUACAACACCUCAGGCCACUGUGCAGAAUGUUGCGACAAGGAUUUCUGCAAUGACCACGGCUGUGGGGACCCAGGUCUUACUAGUUUACCACGUGACCAAAGAGGACCAAUUUGUUUCGACUGUAAUCAUGCGCUGACCAUUGAUGAGUGCACAUCAGUUCGUCCAUGUCAGAAGCAUGAGGUAUGCGCGGUAGAGCAGUUUGACUGGUUUGGACAUUUCAACUUCAAACUUGGAUGUGUUGAUGCAACGUGUGGUCCACUGGACAAACGGUCAGUUCCUGUCUGUAAAUCCUGCUGUGACCAUGACUUCUGCAACAGGAAUUGCUCUGACCCGCACUCGGCCGUCAUAGUUGGUGAGGAAAAGCUACCAGAUAAGAUCGGGCUACCUCGGCCUGAGACCGAGUUACGCUCGCAGUUUAUGAGAAGAAGGACGGACAGAAGAGGACAAGAAGGAAGAAAAUGGGGCGGAAGAAGGGGUGAUAGAAUAGAAGAAGGGAGUACAGAAGAGGACAAGAAGGAAGAAAAUGGGGCGGGAGAAGGGGUGAUAGAAAAGACGAAGGGUACACAGAAGAGGGCAAGAAGGAAGAAAAUGGGGCGGAAGAAGGGGUGA